AUGGCGGCGGCGGGGGCGGCAGCGGCUGGACGGCGGCGGGGCGGCGCCCCACAUCAUUUGAAAGAAAAGGAUGUUCUAGGUAAGUGUUUCCUUCCAAAUGAAGCAGAUCUUCGUCAGGUCAUUAUAUUUCCAAAAGCAGAAUGGGAAAGGAUUCAGGGUAGCGCUAGAGAAGCAGCACACAUCGAUGAGAAGAAGGAACAGGAAGGAGUGCACCUGGACUCCAAAGCUGCUGGAAAAGAUGCCACUCUGAGCCUGAUAAAACAGAAACUUCAAGCCAAAAAAUUACGUGAAGAAAAGGAAGAGGAAGAAAGAAAGUUACUUGAUUUGGAAGAAGCAAAGUUCCAAGCAGAAAAACGGAAGGAGGUUAUCGAUCGUGUAAAAACCUACCUAAGUUACCAGGACGAAAGAAUGAGACAGUUCCAUAGUGCGCUUCUACUUACUAAGGUCCUAAAAGAAAGAGAUGCUCAAAUUGAAUUUCUAAAGUCAAGAUUAGUUGAUAACAGGAAGAGGGAUUAUGAGGAAGAGCAACGUCAAUUUAAAGAAUACAUUCUCAGCAAGCAGGAAAAAGCACGUCAGCAAUACAUGAAACAACAGGCACUGUGCAAAGAUAGGCUAGAACAAAUAAAAGAGCGUGAGCAACAGGCAGAUCUGGCCAAACAGGAAAAAAAAAGAGAAGAGGAAGAAAUACAGAGAUCAACCCAACUGUACCAACUGGAAAUUCAGAGAAAAAAAGAAAAGGAACACAAGGAAAAAAUUGAACGCCGGAAGCUGUAUCAUGAGUACGUAAAUGACCAGAAAAUAAUCAAAGCAAUAGAGAAACAAAACCAAAUGGAAGAAGAUGAUCGGAUCAAAGCUCAUUUUAAAGCAAAGGAAAUUAUUGCCCAGAUGAGAAAAAAGAAAGAAGCUGAAAUGCGUAGAGAAGCACAGGAAAAACAGGACAAAAUCGUUAGUCGAUUAGCUGAACGAAUGACUGAGGCAUUAAAGAAGGAUGAUGGUCGACUGGCUAGAGAUGUUGCAAGAAUAGAAGCUGAAGAAGAAAAAAAACGCAAAGAGAAGGAAGCAAAACAAAAGGCUGCCAUUGAGUCUAUUGCUGAACAUAGAGCCACUGUGAUGAAGUUGAAAGAGGAAAAGGAGAGACAGGAGAAAGAAGAGGCUGAAAAAGAACGUGAUAAGUUAAUGGAAAAAGCCCGCAUCCACCUGGAAAUGGAAAACAACAAAAAACAUGGACGACAUGAGGCAAACAGAGAAGUACAGAAAAUUCAGCUCCAACAAAUAGCUGAAAAGCAGGCAAGAAAAGAGCAGGAGAAACAAGCAGAACUGGACUACUAUGCUCAGACAGAGGCUAUUGCACUUUCUAAAGAGCAUGAGUUUCAGAAAUAUGCAAAGGAACUAAUUGAAACAGAGUCCAAGACUACACAUCAUCUUUAUCCUCUUCUCAAAGCAUGCAAAUAUGGAAGAGAACGUGGAUGUGGGCCAUUUUUCUGAGAAAAGAAUAAAUAAAUACUAGUUUCCAAACAUA